CUUUAUCUCUUCCAGACUGACGCGCGGUUCAGAGAGGAGCAGCUUGUUUCAUUUGAUAGUGGUGAAGAUUGGAAUCAAAUGCAGUCUCAGGAAGAAGAUGUGUCAAUAACUGAACAGGACCUUGAACUCAUUAAAGAAAGAGAAACAGCAAUCAGGCAAUUAGAGGCAGACAUUUUGGAUGUCAAUCAGAUAUUUAAGGAUUUAGCUGUGAUGAUUCAUGACCAAGGAGAUAUGAUUGAUAGCAUAGAGGCAAAUGUGGAAAGUGCAGAGGUCCAUGUGGAAAGAGCCAGUGAUCAGUUACAGAGAGCUGCCUAUUAUCAGAAGAAAUCCCGUAAGAAGAUCUGUAUCCUGAUCCUUGGCCUUGCUGUGGUCUGUAUAAUCAUCGGAUUCAUUAUCUGGCAGACAACAAAAUGAAACCUUCCCAUUGAACUCAGUCUCCCUGCUGAGGUUUCUCCCUCAGAGUGAACAGACUGACUAGUCUCGGAGAUGAAUUGACCACCUGAGAGAGCACAAGCUGGAACUACUUCUAGUAAUAGAUAUUAGCAACUAAUGUGCAAUUAACUAGUAUUUGGAAUUAGUGAACCAUGGAGACAGUAUUUAUCAGUUUAUAUACAGAUUCUCUUGUUUUAUGUAACUAAAAAUCUUGUGGAUUUGCUUUCUGUAAUGUAUUAUUCCCUGUCCCAACUGUAUGCUGAAGUGUGAUCAGUCAUUGGAGAUGUCUUGUUUUUGACAAGGGGCACAACUUCAACAUUUUGUAUGUGUAGGUAACUUUGUUGGACUGGAAUGAGUGACAUUCAAAAGCAGCAUACCACCAGGUCACAUUACCUAAAUCCAGCAGUUUCUAAAGUCCCCACUGUCUGCCCCAUGGUUUUAUUGUCUCCAGGUGGCUGUGGUUCUACAUUCUCUUGAAGAGAAAGCUGAUGUAACAGAUUUGAGAGGCAAGGAGAGCAUGUAUGGAUAGUUAGAACCACUCAUGCUGGUCAGUUUAGCCUCGAGACUCAUAACUGUGCUUAAGUUUUUUGAACCUGAUUGGGGUGGGUUUUUUCCCAAAAUGCAUCA